AUGUUUCGCGGCAGGAACUGGAAGCACAGGAUUUCGCAUAUUUCUGAAUGGCAUCUUCGGGCCGAGAUAUCACAACGAAUCAAUGAGGUCUUGCUGUUUAACAAGCCAACGAGGGAACAUGUGGAGCAAAUUGUUGAGGUUGUGGCGAGGGGAAUUGACGGGGAGGACAGGGCAUCGAAGUACAUUGAAGUUGAAUUGACAGGAUGGGAUGAAGCACACGGAGGUGGAAGAGGGGUACAGGCAAUUCAGCCAUUGUGA